AUGACACAACCCGAUAUCCUCCAGUCUCCCGACGCCAUCUUCUGGCGAAAUGCCCUUGUAAUAGGCUGCUUUGGUGCCGGUGGCUUGGCUACCUUUGCCGUUAUCCUUCGAUUAUAUGCCUGCCGAGCUUACGCCGGCAAGAUCCGAGCCGAAGACACACUCAUGGCCAUUUCGGUCCUGAUGAUGUGGGGGAGUGCAGGUGGUGCAUUAAUGAAAGCCUACAACGGAAUUGGCAUCGACGCCGACAAGCUUCCGGAAGACUAUAACACCCGCCUGGCCGUGGGCUCAUGGAUCAUCCCCAAGUUUUGGUCGAUAUCCAUGGCCUGUGCUAAAAUCUCAAUCAUUAUUUUCAUCAACAGAGCCGUCCAAUUAACAAGACGAGUGAACGGCGCUCUUUUUGUUGUUGCUCUUUCUGUGUACGCCUACACUGGUGUUGUCUUCUUCUUCACCAUCUUCAUGUGCCAACCGAUAUCUUUCUACUGGGACAAGACUAAGCCAAACGGAACUUGUGUCAGCAACGAAACAUAUAUGGUUCAAAACAUUGCUACUGCUAUAGCCGCUCUCGUCACCGACCUGGGUAUUUUAAUCAUUCCCAUGCCUACCAUUCUUGCCUUGAAGCUAGAAGCAAGAAAGAAGGCUGCUGUUGUCGGAGUUUUUGGUGUCGGAAUCCUUAUUUGUGCUGUCAGCUUGACGCGGGUCAUACACUUCUUUAGAUUCGAUACCAACCACCUUUCCACUUCCACUGUCCUAGAGACUCUUUCCACAAUAUUAGAAAACGACCUAUCCAUUAUCUGCGGAUGUGCACCACAAAUAGCAUCGCUGUUCAAAGGAUUCAGAGACAGCACACCGUAUGGCAUGGGCUACUCAGGCUCAUAUAACCCCUACGGCAUUGCUUUUCGAUACCCCAAAAGCGUUAUCAAGACCACUGUCAGUGGCCGCGGGCCUAGCUCCUCCUAUGCCGCUUCCACUUGGGGCAGAAACUCGUCCGAAGUUGAGCUCAACGGUAUCGAGGUCCAUACUGCCAUUAACCAGGAGAUUUCGGAAUCCAACCACCACGCAAAAAUAUCACACGUAUCCACCGUUUAA